AUGGCUCCUUCGAUCAAUGAAGUCACCACGGGCAUCUCCGUGUCCCCUUCCGCCUGCAAAGUUGGCAUUAACGGCUUUGGCCGUAUAGGCCGCAAUGUUCUCCGCGCAGCCUUGGUCCGCUCUGACAUCCAAGUGGUCGCCAUCAACCACACCUGUGUGUCAGUAGACGACCUCAUCCACCUCAUCCGCUACGACUAUUCGAUGGGCAAUCUCGAUGAGACCACCGAGAUCAAAACAAUCUCAGACAACCUCAUCACAAUUGACGGUAGCCGCAUCGCCCUUACUUCCGAACGUGAUCUCAAGAAACUCAACUGGGCGAGUUUCGGCGUCGAUUAUGUCCUCGAAUGCACGGGCAAAUUCACCAAGCGGGACCUGGCCAUGGACCACAUCACCUAUGGACAGGCGAAGCGCGUUCUAAUCUCGGCGCCUAGCUCGGACUCGCCUACCUUUGUUUAUGGUGUUAACUCGGACUCGUACAGUGCCAGUGAGGAGUGUCGCGUUAUUUCUAAUGCAAGCUGCACUACGAACUGCGUGACGCCGGUCUUGAAGGUCCUGCAGGAGACCUUUGGCAUUACACAGGGCUUUUUGACGACCAUCCAUGCUGCUACUCGUUCCCAGCAGGUUCUGGACGGGUAUAGCAAGAAGAACCGUCGUCUGGGGCGCGGUGUCUUCAACAACAUUAUUCCCACCACCACGGGCGCUGCUAAAGCUAUUGCAUCAGUCCUGCCCGAACUAGGUGGCAAAGUCACCGGAGUGUCGAUUCGUGUCCCGACACCCAAUGUCUCCAUGAUCGACCUGACGAUCAGCACAGACAAGCCGACCUCUUUAUCUGAGAUCAUCUCUGCCUUCCGCGUCGCCUCCAAGUCUAGCAUGGUUGGCGUGUUGAAGGUCACCGAUGAGGAACUCGUGAGCACUGAUUACAACGGAAGUCCGUAUAGUGCCAUCAUCGAUGCCCCUGCUUGCACGGAGCUGAAUCCUCAGUUCUUCAAGAUCAUGGCUUGGUAUGACAACGAGUGGGGAUACUCGAACCGUCUACUGGACUUGACAACACACGUGCACGCCCAGGAGACUUCUUGA